AUGAAUAUCACAAAGGUGUUAUCGGGGGGUUUGUCCGAGGUUGCUCCUCAGCGCGUAAAUUACUGGCCCUCGUUGGAGGUUGGAAGGAGGCGGGACCUGAGUGAGGCUGAGCAUGAACCUUUUCCCGAGCGAGUUGAUCACCACGGCGCCAAGUGUAACAUCGCGGCUCAACAACGCUUCGAAUAA